GCCUCUGACCUCCACACUUGUACCCGGCAGACAUUAAGUAAACGUAAAUGCAAAAAGGGAAGUCAUCUCAUGCAUAAGGCACUGGACUCUACUCUUCUACUCUUUGGUACUUUUUAGUGUUCAUGCAUGCCAUACUUUGGUCUAAAUGAUUUUAACUUCAAAGACACAGCCAGGGUAAUGUUGUGUGAUACAUCCUAGUGAUGUCGUUAUGUUGGUCUUAUUUGUUCUUGUUUACUAGUACUUACUGAAAUCGUUGACAGCUUUAAUGUUAUCAUGAGUGUGGAGAUCUCAGCAGAUAGAAUUUGAGGGUUUUACUGUUUCUGUUUGGAGGUUUGAGAUUAACUUAUUUAUUUUGUGUAUGUGUGUGUUUUGUGGGCCUACAUACUUCACAGUACCCGUGUAGAGGUCAGAGGAAAGCUUGCUUGAGUUGGCUCUCCUGCCUUGUGGAUUCUAGGGAUGAUUCUGUCCAAUGAGGAAAAGAGGACAAACUAUGACCACUAUGGCGAUGCUGGGGAAAGCCAGGGCUACCAGAAGCAGCAGCGAGAGUACCGCUUCCGCCAUUUCCAUGAGAACUUUUAUUUCGAUGAGUCGUUUUUUCACUUCCCUUUCAAUUCGGAGCGACGGGACUCAAUUGAUGAGAAGUACCUGUUGCACUUUUCACACUAUGUGAAUGAAGUGGUACCCGAUAGCUUCAAGAAACCCUACCUCAUUAAGAUCACGUCAGAUUGGUGCUUUAGCUGUAUCCAUAUCGAGCCUGUCUGGAAAGAAGUGGUCCAGGAAUUGGAAGGACUGGGUGUGGGGAUUGGUGUCGUCCAUGCUGGCUAUGAAAGACGCCUGGCCCAUCACCUGGGAGCACACAGCACCCCCUCCAUCCUAGGGAUCAUCAAUGGGAAAAUCUCCUUCUUCCACAACGCUGUAGUUCAUGAGAACCUACGGCAGUUCGUGGAGAGUCUUCUUCCAGGGAACUUGGUGGAGAAGGUCACAAAUAAAAAUUACGUGCGAUUCCUCUCUGGCUGGCAGCAGGAGAACAAGCCUCACGCCCUCCUUUUUGGCCAGACGCCGGCAGUGCCGCUGCUAUACAAGUUGACAGCUUUUGCAUACAAAGACUAUGUGUCAUUCGGCUAUGUGUACAUGGGCCUGAGAGGUGUGGAAGAGAUGACCAGGCAGUAUAACGUCAAUGUCUAUGCCCCCGCCAUGCUGAUCUUUAAAGAGCACAUCAGCAAGCCUGCUGAUGUGAUCCAGGCUCGAGGACUGAAGAAGCAGGUCAUUGAGGACUUCAUCACGCAGAACAAGUACCUGCUGGCGGCCCGGCUCACCAGCCAGAGGCUGUUCCAUGAACUCUGCCCCGUGAAGCGGUCUCACCGACAGAGGAAGUACUGUGUGGUUUUGCUGACGACCGAGACUAGCAAGCUAAGUAAACCCUUUGAAGCCUUCCUCUCAUUUGCCCUGGCUAACACGCAAGACACGGUGCGGUUCGUGCAUGUCUACAGCAGCCGGCAGCAGGAGUUUGCCAGCACCUUGCUACCAGACAGCGAGGCGUUCCAAGGGAAGUCAGGGGUGUCCAUCUUGGAAAGGCGAAACACAGCAGGGAGGGUGGUGUUUAAAACCCUAGAAGACCCCUGGACGGGCAGUGAGAGUGAUAAGUUCAUCCUUUUGGGUUAUCUUGACCAGCUUCGGAAAGAUCCUGCCUUUCUGUCCUCUGAGGCCGUCCUCCCUGACCUGACUGAUGAACUUGCCCCUGUGUUUUUCCUCCGGUGGCUCUACUCUGUUUCUGACUCCCUCUCAGACUGGUGGGAGAGCCUGCUUCACAGUAACUGGCGAGAGAUGAUGCCCCUGCUGUCCCUUAUCUUCUCAGCCCUCUUCAUACUCUUUGGCACUGUCAUUGUCCAGGCUUUCAGCGACUCAAGUGAGGAAGGAGAGGCACAGCCCCCAGAUAAAGAAGAGGCCCCUGAGAAGCCCGCGAAGACGGAGCCAGCCUUCACCAAAGAAAACAGCAGCAAGAUUCCUAAAAAAGGCUUUGUGGAGGUUACUGAACUCACAGAUGUGACAUACACCAGCAAUUUGGUACGCCUGAGGCCAGGCCACAUGAAUGUGGUCCUCAUCCUGUCCAAUUCCACCAAGACAAGCCUGCUACAGAAAUUUGCUUUAGAGGUCUACACGUUCACCGGGAGCAGCAGCCUCCACUUCUCCUUCCUCAGUCUGGACAAGCACCGAGAGUGGCUGGAGUACCUGCUGGAGUUUGCUCAGGACGCAGCCCCGAUCCCAAACCAGUAUGAUAAGCACUUCAUGGAGCGGGACUACACUGGCUACGUGCUGGCCCUGAACGGCCACAAGAAGUAUUUCUGCCUUUUCAAGCCCCUAAAGACAGUGGACGAGGAGGCCAUAGGUUCCUGCGACCCUGACUCCUCCAGAGGGAAGCCUCCCUGUGGCCUUGGGCCCAAGCCCCUCAAGGGCAAGCUGAGCAAGUUGUCCUUGUGGAUGGAGCGUCUGCUGGAAGGUUCCUUGCAAAGGUUUUACAUCCCAUCAUGGCCUGAGCUAGACUGAGACAUGGACUCUUCAGGUUUUUAACAUGCCCCAGCAACAGGGAUUUUCAGGAGAGUCUAGGUUUUAGAUUUCUCUUCUAGAGCAAUGGCUAGAAGACCUUUCCUUUGUCACCUAGGAGUAAAACACAUCACAGGUUUGAUCCCUAGAUGAAACUCUUUCCCUUUGGGUUUUCUCGUCCCCAUAUGAAUGCCGCACUAUUUAAAAUAGACUGCUCAUCUCUUUUUUAACUGCCCUGUAACAUACUCACACUUCCCUGUCCUUAGGUUGGAGAAACCCAGGGCUUGACCUUGAGUCGUGCCUGGACAAACCUCAGGACCCUCAUGAACCUGUCAUGCAGGGUGGGUCACACCGCCCCCUCAUAGGCUCUGGCCCUGCCAUGCUUCUGCCAAGGCGAGUGCUCUCAACAGAGGACAGCCUACCAGUUUCUAGGUCCUGCAUCUUCAAAAGAGGCCUAGUUCUAAGCAAUUUUACAUAUGAAUGUCUUCUGGAAGCAAGCAUUGAGAAGUAUAUUUUGGGGGUAUCCCCCACAACAGUUGGCCAGCCAUGGCUUUGAAAGGAAGGGGCUGAGCAGUGUGUGAGGGUGCAGCCUUUACAUUUUGUCUUCCCCCACCAAGAGAAGGGAGGGUUGAACACUGACCCUGUGAUCCUUCCAGACCGUCCCUUGUUCCCUGGCCCUGUCCCCUCACUGCACUCGGGUUAGCACCCUCAUAGCCAGGGCAGAGUCUGCCUAGCCGGAAGCGCUGUAAUGACUGAGCCACUGACCUGUCUCCAGAUGCCUUCCUGCCUCUGGAUUUUAGAGUUUGAAUACUAGGAGCCAUAACCUGUGAUCGUGUUCUCUGAGCGUAGAUAAGCUGCCAUAGAGCCAGUAGAUGACUGCAGUUACUCCUGUCCGCCAAGAGCCAGGUGCAGGAGCCCUCCCUGCCUCGCUUGCUCGCGAGUAAAAUACCAGGCGUGUCUUCGUACCAAGGAACCUGACCUCUCUGACAAUUGAUUUUGAACAUUGUUGUCCCCAAAGUGCUGAAUCUUCAAGUCGUCUCUUGACUGUGAGCUGAGACUUGUUCCAGACUCCUGUCCGGCAGGCAGCUAGCAUCCUACUUCUGGCCUGCAUUUUGGCUUCUCAGCUCAGUUGUUUCCUCCUUCCCUUAUCGCUGCUUCCUGCUGCGAGAUCAGACCCAUCAAAUGCAGCUUGCCUGGCUCCACGCACCUCAGGCUCAGGGCCGGAUCAUGUUCGCCCUUUCAACACACCCUUUGUUUUUAGGGCCAAACCACAAGGGGAGUUCGGACAACUGUCAUGCAUGGUGUGUUCUACUGUCAAGCAAGUGCCCUUUUGUAAAGUGAAAGGCACAAAUCAGGGACAGGACAUUCAGUUAGUAUUCAUAAGUAAUCAUAAUUGCUUUGAACCAAGCACCUCGGAUCCUGACUACUUUAAACACUGAGCUCCAAUGGUAAGUGAUAAACUAUCUGAGCCCAGGACCCUCUGUAGUUUUCAAAGAGUCUUCAGCUUUAUUAAAAAGUAGAGAAAUCA